CCCCGCCGGCCGCCCCGCGCUUUCAGCGCUCCUCGGGCCGCGCCCGAGCGCCACGCGGCGGAGCCCAGCCCCAGCCCGCGCCCCACAGCCUGGCGAGGCGAGGCGGGUCCGGGGCAGGCAGGCAGGGCGCACGGCACCCGGGAUCUCGUCGCUGUCGAACACCGCCUCGGCGCGCUCCCAGUGUCGCUGACGCCCCUCUCGCCAGCCGCACCCAUGCUUCUGGCGCGGAUGAACCCGCAGGUGCAGCCCGAGAACAGCGGGGCGGGCCCGGGGUCGGAGCAGCCCCCGCGGAAGCGGAAAGCUGCAGAACUCUUGGUGGUGAAAGAACGCAACGGCGUCCAGUGCCUCCUGGCGUCCCGCGACGGCGACGAGCAGCCCCGGGAGACCUGGGGCAAGAAGAUCGACUUCCUGCUGUCGGUGGUCGGCUUCGCGGUAGACCUGGCCAACGUGUGGCGCUUCCCCUAUCUCUGCUACAAGAACGGCGGCGGUGCCUUCUUGAUCCCAUACACCCUGUUCCUCAUCAUCGCCGGGAUGCCCCUGUUCUACAUGGAGCUGGCUCUGGGCCAGUACAACCGGGAAGGGGCAGCCACUGUGUGGAAGAUCUGCCCGUUCUUCAAAGGAGUUGGCUAUGCUGUGAUCCUCAUCGCCCUCUACGUUGGCUUCUACUACAAUGUCAUCAUCGCCUGGUCACUCUACUACCUCUUCUCCUCCUUCACACUUAACCUGCCCUGGACUGACUGUGGCCAUGCCUGGAACAGCCCCAACUGCACCGACCCCAAGCUCCUCAACAGCUCCGUGCUGGGCAACCACACCAAGUACUCCAAGUACAAGUUCACACCGGCAGCAGAGUUUUAUGAGCGUGGCGUCCUGCACCUUCAUGAGAGCAGUGGGAUUCAUGACAUCGGCCUACCCCAGUGGCAGCUCCUGCUCUGCCUGACCGUCGUUGUCAUCGUCCUGUUUUUUAGCCUCUGGAAAGGAGUGAAGACAUCAGGAAAGGUGGUGUGGAUCACGGCCACGCUGCCUUACCUUGUGCUGUUUGUGCUCCUGGUCCACGGCAUCACGCUGCCCGGCGCCUCCAACGGCAUCAACGCCUACCUGCACAUCGACUUCUACCGUCUAAAAGAGGCCACGGUAUGGAUUGAUGCUGCAACUCAGAUAUUUUUUUCCUUGGGGGCUGGAUUUGGAGUCUUGAUUGCAUUUGCUAGUUACAACAAAUUUGACAACAACUGCUACAGGGACGCCCUGCUCACCAGCACCAUCAACUGUGUCACCAGCUUCAUCUCUGGGUUCGCCAUCUUCUCCAUCCUUGGUUAUAUGGCCCAUGAACACAAGGUCAACAUUGAGGAUGUUGCCACUGAAGGAGCUGGCCUAGUCUUCAUCCUGUACCCAGAAGCCAUUUCCACCCUGUCGGGAUCCACGUUCUGGGCUGUCGUGUUCUUCAUCAUGCUCCUGGCUCUGGGAAUUGACAGCUCAAUGGGAGGCAUGGAGGCGGUCAUCACAGGCCUGGCUGACGACUUCCAGGUCCUGAAGCGACACCGGAAACUCUUCACAUUUGGUGUCUCCUUUGGAACCUUCCUUCUGGCCCUGUUUUGCAUAACCAAGGGUGGAAUAUAUGUGCUGACCCUGCUGGACACGUUUGCGGCGGGGACCUCCAUUCUGUUUGCUGUGCUCAUGGAGGCCAUCGGCGUGUCCUGGUUUUAUGGUGUGGACAGGUUCAGCAAUGACAUCCAGCAGAUGAUGGGGUUCAAGCCGGGUCUGUACUGGAGACUCUGCUGGAAGUUUGUCAGCCCUGCCUUCCUCCUAUUUGUGGUGGUCGUGAGCAUUAUCAAUUUCAAGCCCCUCACCUACGAUGACUACAUCUUCCCGCUCUGGGCCAACUGGGUCGGGUGGGGCAUCGCGUGCUCCUCCAUGGUCCUGGUGCCCGCCUACGUCGUCUACAAGUUCCUCAGCACGCGGGGCUCCAUUCGUGAGAGACUGGCCUAUGGCAUCACCCCAGAGAACGAGCAUCACCUGGUGGCCCAGAGGGACGUCAGGCAGUUCCAAUUGCAACACUGGCUGGCCAUCUGAACCUGGCCCCGAGGAGGAACCCUACUGCACCAACGUUCAGGUCAAAGGCUUCCUACCACCCCAGACACUGUCUUGGGAUUUCUCUCCGACCCUCAUCUUCCUCUUUUCCAAGUUACAACUGAUUUAGAGACCUGGUUUUCGUUCACCUUCUGUUCACCUGGCCUGAGGGCUGUGAGCUUGGAUUGGUAAGCCUCAUGGGAGAAGCAGAGAGGAGAGAACAGGAAAAAUGACUUCUGUUGAUCCUCUUUAGUUUUGAGGAAGUCUCACCCAGUGUGGGAGCCGGCCUGAACUGAGGUCUGUGGCUCAGGCAGAACUCCCCCACCACGUUUGCUGGUACUUUGAGCCACAGAAGAAAUCCUCAGUCCACCAAAUCAGACAGAGGAUGUUGCUUUUUGGUCAGAUACCAUAAAACCAAAACACAAAUAAAAAGCCCGGCUGAGUUUGGCGGGUACAAAGAUCUUG